CGCGCCGAGGCACCGCCGCCACCCCCCUAGGCCCGGCGGGAACUACAACUCCCGGCGGCCCCCGCGCACAGCCCGGCCGGGCCCCGCUCCCAGCAGACCCCGCGCGGCGGCGGUGGAGCGGCCGAGGCAAGCCCAAACGGCAGCGCCGCCAUGGUUCUGCGCCAGCUGCUGCGCGUCCCGGCCCUCCUGCGCGCGGCCGUCCGGGUGCAGCUGCGGAGGAACGUGGGGCUCUCGGCUGUGGCCUUCAACAGGGCGAAGGAGCUCGACCCGGUGCAGAAGCUGUUCCUGGACAAGAUCCGGGAGUACAACACGAAGAGCAAGCAAGCUGGAGGGCCUGUUGAUGUAGGCCCUGAGUUCCAGAAAGACAUGAACGAAUCGCUUGCUAGACUUCAACGGAUGUACGGUGAGGGAGAUCUAACCAAGUUCCCAGAAUUUAAAUUUGAGGAGCCCAACUUUGAGGAGACUCCGAAGUGAUCUCUGCCGGUUGAACUCCAGACAGCAGUGUACAUCCAAGGAGUUGCUGAACAUGGCAUCAGUUGUAAUUUAAUAAAUGUGAUGUUUAAGUUU